AUGAGUACCCUCAUCGCCAGUCUAAUAUCUCCCGAAUUAUCAUUCAAAGAAUGGGGUUUUGCCAUCCUCGUAAUAUUCAUUCUCGUACGCAUCCAUAAACAAAACCCCCUAACAUCAUAUCAUAUCACAUCCCACUCACCACCCCCACCCAGUACACCACCACCCACUCUCCUCCUUCCCCGGUCCCCUCCCCUGGACUCUCACCCGUAUCCCCUACCUCCUCUCCCUCUGGCGCGGACGUCUCGCCCUCGACAUCCACCCCCUCCACCAAAAAUACGGUCCCAUCAUACGUAUCGCCCCCGACGAUCUCUCUUUCGCAACUCCACAGGCCUGGCACGAUAUCUUUCUAAUCAAGGCGGGGUUCCUGCCUUCCCAGAACGUAAACUCUGGCAUGGAAGGAAACCCGGGUCUGGAAAACCAAUAUCCAUUCUUCAUGCAUUGGAACCUUCCCCACAUCGGAAAUUUCGACGGGCGAUGGAGCGCGCGUUUACGGAGAGGGCGGCGGGGGGACAGGAGGAGAAUGCAGAUGCAUCUGAAGGUGCCGUUGUAGAUAUAGUUCGCUGGUAUGUAUUCUUUCCAUUUGAUCUCAUUGGGGAUCUGGGAUUUGGAGAAUCCUUCCAAUGUUUAGAGAGCGAGACAUAUCAUCCUUAG